GGUGGGACGGGGAGCCGCGGGAGCGGCCCGGCCCGGCCCGGCCCGCUGCGGGAGGCGGCCCCUGGGCCUCCGCCUCGGGUUCCUUGGGAGCGGGCUGCUCGCAGGUGCUGGCUCCGCCUCCCCUUCGGCCGAGCCGCUGUGUCCGGUGGUGCUGCGGCCGCGGGGCUGUUGGAAACGACAAAACUCCCAGCGUCGGGGUAAAAAAACUCCGAGCGGGUGGUAAAAUGCGGCGUGCCUAGAGCGGGCAGCAGCCCGCCCCUUCAGCGGCGGGUUCCCGGCGAAAUGCAGAGAAAAAACACAAAACGGGUUCCAAGCUUUCGCAAGUUACUGAGAACUAGUAAAAUAAAACUUGACAACAAAUUAAAGAAUAAACAGUACAAGCAGCAGAGUGCUGCUAAGAAGUAUCGAAAAGAGCAAAAGAAGCUAAGGGAGGCUGUCAGAGAUGCUAUCUCUAGAAAACCUUUUCCGUUGGAAGAAUGCAAGAAAAAACAAGUUGCUGAAAAACGGGAGGAAGAAGAGGAAGAAGAUGCUCUUCCAUUGGACAUGAUGGAUGAAGAUGACUUAAAAUUAAUGGAGGAUUUGGCUCAAAAAGCAUCCUUUUUAACCAGAGAUCUUUCUUCUAAUGAACCUGUUCAUGUCAAAAAACGAAAACAUGAAAGCGUGAUUGACAAAUAUGAGAAGGUGCCAAGGCGCAUGCAGACUGAGCCAGAAAAAGAACUCAUCCAUCUGCUCCCCAUCAAAGACAAGAGUGGCAUUAUUCCCCAAACUGUGGAGAAGCCAGUUCUCAAUGUUGCACAGAAUGAAGAAGAGGAUACAGAAGAAAUGGAGGAAGCAGAGGACUUUAAUGAAGAACCCCUGCCUGUUCUCACCUCUGAGGAAAUGUCUGCUCAAAGGAGACAAAAGCUGCAGGAAAGGAAGAUGCACAUAGCUGCCUUAGCAUCUGCCAUUCUCUCUGAGCCAGACAACAAUAUUAAAAAGUUGAAGGAACUGCGUGCCAUGCUGAUGGAACAGGAUCCUAAUGUGGCUGUGAUUGUUCGGAAGUUGGUCAUGGUGUCUUUGAUGGAGAUAUUCAAAGAUAUUGCACCUUCUUAUAAAAUUCGGCCUCUGACUGAAGCAGAAAAGGCUACCAAGGUUAAAAAGGAAACUCAGAAACUGAGAGAAUUUGAAGAAGGCCUUGUGAGCCAGUAUAAAUUUUACUUGGAAAAUCUGGAACAAACAAUUAAAGAUUGGAAACAAAGGAAAUUGAAGAAAAGCAAUGUCAUCUCAUUGAAAGCAUAUAAAGGUCUAGCAGAGAUAGCAGUGAAGUGUCUGUGUGAGCUGCUUGUGACCCUACCACACUUUAACUUCCACAAUAACAUUAUUGUUCUCAUUGUUCCGCUCAUGAAUGAUGCAUCAAAAAUGAUUUCUGAACUGUGCUUUGAGGCAGUUAAGAAGCUCUUUAAACAAGACAAGUUGGGCUAUGCUUCACUUGGUGUAGUUAAGGUUAUUUCUGGCCUUGUGAGAAGUAGAAAUUACGAUGUCAGACCCGAGGUGUUAAAAGUAUUUCUUCACUUAAGAAUUAAGGAAGUAGAAUUACAAAAAGAUUCUGAAGACAUUGCACCAAAGAAAAAGUUCAUGACUUACAAAGAGAAAAGAAAAAAUCUUUCAAGAAUGCAAAGAAAGUGGAAGAAAGCAGAAGAGAAACUGGAACGAGAACUCUUGGAAGCAGAAGCGUCAGAAAGUAAAGAAAAAAAACUGAAGCUACACACAGAGACCUUGAAUAUUGUAUUUGUAACUUACUUUAGAAUCUUGAAGAAAGCUCAGAAGUCUCCACUUUUGCCAGCCGUGCUAGAAGGUCUUGCAAAGUUUGCUCAUCUCAUAAAUGUGGAAUUUUUUGAUGACCUGCUGAUUGUCCUUCAUUCUCUUAUUGCAUCUGGGGGUUUAAGCUAUCGUGAAAGUCUUCAUUGCAUUCUCAGUGCUUUUCAUAUACUUUCUGGCCAAGGUGAUGUUCUUAACAUUGAUCCGAUGAAAUUCUACACACAUCUUUACAAGACGCUGUUCAGCCUACAUGCAGGUGGUACCAAUGAUGAUACAGGGAUUGUGCUCCAGUGCCUGGAUGUCAUGUUUGCCAAGCGGAGAAAGCAAGUUUCCCAGCAGCGAGCUCUUGCUUUCCUAAAGCGACUUUCCACGCUUUCUCUUCAUGUGCUUCCAAACUCUGGUAUUGGGAUCUUGGCAACAAACAGGGUAUUAAUGCAAAUAUUCCCAAAGAUGGACCUCUUACUAGACAACGAAUCUCAAGGCAGUGGAGUUUAUCUCCCAGAACUAGAUGAACCAGAGCAUUGCAAUGCUCAGAACACAGCUCUGUGGGAGCUGCAUUUACUGCAGAGACAUUAUCAUCCAACAGUGCAGAAAUUUGCAGCUCACCUUAUUGUUGGAGCUCCAACUGAAGGCUCAGGAGCUCUUUCACUUGAUUUGAGCCAAAGGCUUGCUACAGAACUUUUUGAGGCAUACAGUAUGAGAGGAAUGACCUUUAAUCCUCCCGUUGCAUCCGUACCACCCAGAAGAAAGGACACGUUCUCACAAAUGGAUUCAUUUAUAGACGAAGAGCUAAACAAACAGCUUCAACAACACGUCAGUGAGACUGUUGUUCACAAACCCAUGGAUUUUGCUAAACACUUGAAGGAAUUGUCCUUGUUGUAAAUGGAUCUAUCAGUGUUCCAUUGGCCUCUUAAUAACGGAGAAAGAUUGGCUGAAAGAGAUUUCCACUUACCAUUAAAAGAAUUCAAGUAUGCAUUUGUUUGAAUAUAGAAACACAAAAAAUUUAACACGAGUUUUUCACACAGUUACAAGGCAUCUCCACUUACCCACCGACCCCAUGUUCUCAGAGCUUGGGAACCACAAUUGAACAGUCACAUCAGUAAUUUUAAAAGAUACAAAACCAGGUCAUUUUAAAAUUGUUUGCAACCAUACAGUGUGGUAUUUUUGUUUAUAUAUUUUCUAAUUUUUAUAACAUAAUAUAGACACGUGUUUCUGAGAAAUCACUGGGUUGUUUUGAGAAAUUAAUAAAUAUUUUGGAAAUUUUAACAUAAUACUGACUUCUUUGAUGUUUAAAAUACCUAGAGGUUUGGAAUAGGUGUUGCAUUUUUUGUUUUUCAUCUGAUGCCUCUUAACCAUUUGUCUCAUCUUGAAAUGAUUUUGCAUUUGGUGGGUUUUUUUCCCUCUGAUGAAUCUUGGUAUUGGCAAACUGAGAUUACUGAAUUCCAGUUCUGAGCUAUCACCAUGACUGAAUGCUCUACUACAGUGUCUUCAAUAAACCAUUGCUGUCAAAAAUACUGGACAAAUUCAAGGUAAGAAUUUAAUUUUUUUUUUUUUAUCUUAAUUUUCUCCCCAUUCCCCACAUACUAGUUAUUGCCUGGUUGUUUUAGAAUCGAUUUUCAGCUGCAUGUUGGCUUUGCAAACAGUAAGUAAAAUAUAUGAAAUAACUUAAGUGUUGACUUUAGGUGAAUUCCAUUCUACAGAGGAGUGUGGUGGGCUGUCCCUGGCUGGUGGCUAAUGCAUUUUGUAGUGCUUAGUCCAUGAUGUGAUAAUGAUGCAUGUUGUAAGCUUUGCAAAGCUUUUGUUCAAGUCACUUAACCUCCUUG